ACUCCACGUCAUUUCGAACGAGAAACUAAUUUUGCACCGUCUACCCUUUCUUUUUCCCCAAGUCCCACGUUCUACCAUUUCAGCAUCUCUUCUUCUUCCUCAAUCCGUUCCUUAAACCCUAAACCUUCAACAGUCAAACAAAAAUGGCAUCUUAUCCAUCUCUCUCUUAACCUCUUCAAUCUUCGCCAAAACCUACGAAUUCCUUUUCCUCUUUCUCUCUCCUCAAUAAUGUCUUCUCUAAAACUAUCCACCUGCGCAACCAUGACGGCGGCAGCGGUGGCGGCCGGCUUUUCAUCGGCAUCAAAUCCCUCUUACGCCGAAGGAUCGUCUUGGUUUAAUCCUUUCUCUUACUCUCGCUCCUCACCGGAAAAUGUCUCCAAAUCUGAUGGUAAAUCUUCUCCGGCGCCGGCGAAGGCGAAUAAUUCCUCUGACGAAGAACCGAGUGGUAUUUCAUCUGGAUUCAAUCCUGAAGCACUUGAGGAAGCCGCAAAAGCUCUCCGUGAAUUGAACAGUUCUCCGAAUGCUAAAGAACUACAUCGUGUAAUGAGGUUGCAAGAGAAAACGAGAUUAGCUGAGGUGGAGGUUGAUAAAGCAAUGAUGGAAGUGCAUCAAGUUAAGCGUGACAUUGAGGGACAACAAAAUAUGGCUGAAGAGCAAAGAAGAUUGGUCGAAGAACAGUCCAAGGUGAUUGCCCAAGUAAAGCGACAAGAAGAUGAAAUGGCCAGAAAAAGAAUGCAGCAAGAACACGAAACUCAAAGGCGAAAUAAUGCUGAUAUGGUAAAAAUGCAAGAGGCAUCUACCCUACGUCAAGAACAAGAAAGGCAGAAAACGGAGGCGCAGAUCCAGGACCGACUACGCCAAACCGAACAAGAGAGAGCUAAAAUUGAACAGGAGACUAUACGGGUCAAGGCCAUGGCAGAAGCUGAAGCACGGGCUCAUGAAACAAAACUGACCGAGGAAUACAACAGGAAUGUGCUCAUACAAAAGUUGACUGGCGAAAAAGAAAAGUGGCUUGCAGCAAUUAAUACAACUUUUGGUCAUAUUGAAGGGGGUCUUAGGGAAUUAUUGAAUGAUAGGAGUAAGCUAUUUAUGACAGUUGGUGGUGUCACUGCUCUUGCUGCAGGAGUUUACACAACUAGAGAAGGUGCUAGAGUUUCGUGGGGUUACAUCAAUCGCAUUCUAGGCCAACCAUCCUUGAUCAGAGAGUCAUCAAUGUCCAAAUUCCCCUGGUCAGCACUUGCUUCACGAGGGAGGCAAAAUCUGUUCAACAAUGCUAUAGUUGCUGGACCGGCCAAAGGUUCAACAGUUAGAUCUGGAUUUGAAAAUGUUGUUCUUCAUCCAUCACUACAGCGGAGAAUUGAGCAACUUGCACGAGCUACAGCUAACACCAAAUCUCACCAAGCACCCUUUCGUAACAUGCUUUUCUAUGGGCCUCCAGGGACAGGCAAAACUCUGGUCGCGAGAGAAAUAGCCAGAAAGUCGGGGUUAGAUUAUGCCAUGAUGACUGGAGGAGAUGUUGCACCUUUGGGUCCACAAGCUGUUACCAAGAUCCAUGAAAUAUUUGACUGGGCUAAAACUUCGAAGAAAGGGUUGUUACUUUUCAUUGAUGAGGCUGAUGCGUUCCUUUGUGAACGAAACAGCACAUAUAUGAGUGAAGCUCAGCGAAGUGCUCUCAAUGCGUUGCUUUUCCGGACAGGAGAUCAGUCAAGAGACAUAGUUCUCGUACUUGCCACCAACAGACCAGGUGAUCUUGAUAGUGCUGUCACUGACCGAAUUGAUGAUGUCAUUGAAUUUCCACUUCCCGGGGAAGAGGAACGGUACAAGCUGCUGAACCUCUAUUUGAACAAAUACCUUUCUGAUGGCGACACCAACACCAACGCUAAGUGGGGCCCGGUAUUUAAAAUCAGAAAGAAACCUCAAAGUAUAACUGUUAAAGAUCUCUCCGAAGAAGUUAUUCGUGAAGCUGCCAAGAAGACAGAAGGGUUUUCAGGCCGUGAGAUAGCGAAGCUCAUGGCUAGUGUUCAAGCGGCUGUUUACGGGCGGCCAGAUUGCGCGUUGGACUCGGAAUUAUUCAAGGAAAUUGUGGAUUACAAGGUAUCUGAGCACCAUCAGAGAAUAAAGCUGGCUACUGAAAGUAUGCAACUUGCUUAAUUACUUUACUUACUUAACUGCUAUUAUUCCUGUCCUUUGAUCAUAAGGGGUAAUUUCUUUGAAUGAGGUGGUGAAUUGUUAUACAUGUAGCUGUAAAUUUGUUCACUAGGGAGUUACAGAUUCUUUUGAAAUCUGACUUGACAAGGUAAAAAAAAAGAACCCUUGAGUGGAUUCUCAUAUUUCAAUUGGCGGCGAAAGCUUGAAGCAAAAUGGCUAAUUGUUGAUUUGUGGGAUAAGAUUCCAAUUGAUGAGGGGACAUGACAUUGUUACAAAGUUCAAAAAAAAUUCCUCCUAUUUUUGGGGUAAUGUAAGAAAUUGAUUGGAAAUGGAGGUGUGCCUGAUUGUUUAUGAAUGGUUGAAGAUUUCAUUCAGUGGUCA